AUGGAGGUGGAGGAGCGCGAGGCGUGGGCGCGCGGGCUGCCCGUGGUGCAGGAGCGCGUGCCGUACUCGCAGGUGGUGGCGCUGAAGAAAGCCAACGAGCUGAAACACAUCAUCAAACACCCGCAAUCCUCACUCCAGGCGGAGCCCGAGCGCGUAUUCUUAGUGCUAAAAGAGACCUCCGCCGAGAAGUACCGCCGCCGCGGCUCCAAGAUCCCCUCGGGCAUCCUGCUGUGCGGCGAGCCGGGCAGCGGGAAAACUCUGCUGGCCAAAGCAGUGGCAGGAGAGGCGGGGGUGAGCUUCUUCUCGGUGUCGGCGAGUCAGUUUGUGGAGAUCUUCGUGGGCGUGGGGGCCAGCCGCGUGCGUGCGCUCUACAAUGAGGCCCGGGAGAAUGCGCCGUCGGUGGUUUUUAUUGACGAGCUGGAUGCCGUGGGACGGCAGAGGGGGCUCACUGAGGGGUCUGGCGGGCAGGAGAGGGACGCCACUCUGAACCAGCUGCUGACGUGUCUGGAUGGAUUUGAGGGCAGAGGUGACGUCAUCACCAUAGCAGCCACCAACCGGCCAGAUUUUUGGAUGCUGCCCUGGUGCGCCCGGGCAGGUUCGACCGAAAGAUUUACAUCCCGAAGCCGAGCCUCAAGGGGCGAGCUCAGAUUCUUGAGGUGCACAGUCGCAACAAGGUGCUGGAUGAUGACAUGGUGUCUCUCGAGUCCAUGCAAAGGUGCACAGCCGCAACAGGUGCUGGAUGAUGACGUGGACUUUGAGGCGGUGGCGCAGGUGACAGAUGGCAUGUCGGGCGCUGAGCUGGCGAACGUGGUUGAUGUGGCGGCGCUCAGAGUGCUGCGGGAGAAUCGAUCCGAGAUCACAACAGACGACAUGCUCCAAGCGGCCAUGCUGGAGGAGGGGGGGUACCCCUCGCCCCACGAGGGCAGUCCAAUCAGGCAGCGCCAGCUGGCACUCAACGAGGCAGCGCUGGCCGUGGUGGCCUUCAACUUCCGCGACUUCCAGAACAUUCAGCUGAUCACAGUGGUGCCGCGGAUGACGGAGGAGAAGGGUUCAGUGCGGUACAAGCUGGUGGACACGCAGAAGAUGAAGGCCAACUUCAUCUCUGCCUCGUGCCUUCGGGACUUCAUCACCGUGCAGCUGGCGCCCAUGGUGGCCGAUGAGAUGUGGAACGGCGCCGAGGAGACGUGCACCAUCUGGGCGGACCAUGCUGACGUGGCGCGCCGCACAGCGCGCCAGGUGGCGCUCAAUGGUUUGUCGGCGCCAAGUGAGGAGGGAGCGCUGUACGGCAUCGGUGUGGCGGCAGUGGAUGCACCGUGGCGCCGUGAGGCAGUUGAUGCCGACGCCUCGCGCAUUCUUGAGGAGUGCCGCACGAGAGCUGCUCAGGUGGGUGUGAUUGAGGUGUGUGCAGUUGGGGAGGGGUCGGUUGAGGUGGGUGCGAGUGAGGAGGGUGCGCUGUAUGGCAUCGGCGUGGCGGCUGUAGACGCACCGUGGUGCCGCGAGGCUGUUGAUGCCGAUGCUUCCCGCAUUCUUGAGGAGUGCCGCACGAGAGCUGCUCAGGUAGGUGCGCGUGAGGAUGGCGCGCUAUACGGCAUCGGCGUGGCGGCAGUGGAUGCACCGUGGCGCCACGAGGUGGUUGAUGCUGACGCCACCCGCUUUCUCGAAGAGUGCCGCACCAGGGCCGCUCAGGUGGGUGUGCCUCAGGUGGGUGCGUCUCAGGUGGGUGCGGCUCAGGUGGGUGUGCCUCAGGUGGGUGCGUCUCAGGUGGGUGCGGCUCAGGUGGGUGUGCCUCAGGUGGGUGCGUCUCAGGUGGGUGCGGCUCAGGUGGGUGCGUCUCAGGUGGGUGCGGCUCAGGUGGGUGCGGCUCAGGUGGGUGCGGCUCAGGUGGGUGCGGCUCAGGUGGGUGUGGCUCAGGUGGGUGUGGCUCAGGUGGGUGUGGCUCAGGUGGGUGUGGCUCAGGUGGGUGUGGCUCAGGUGGGUGUGGCUCAGGUGGGUGUGGCUCAGGUGGGUGUGGCUCAGGUGGGUGUGGCUCAGGUGGGUGUGGCUCAGGUGGGUGUGGCUCAGGUGGGUGUGGCUCAGACUGACCUUGGCUCAGAUCUGGCACGCUCGGCUCAGACCAUGGAGGGAUGCGGCAAGGCUGUGGACAAGCUGCUGCCCGAGGCACGACAAGAUUCUGCGUCGCAACCACAGGCGGGUGCACUAGUGGACCAGCUGGUCAAGCUCCCAUACCUUUUCCUCUCCAUUCACCCCCUGUCCUCCUCCCCUCUUCCCCCACCUUUGCCCCCCCAGAUUCUAAGGCGCAACCGCAGUCUGGUAGACGCACUAGUGGACAAGCUGAUGGAAGAGAAGGCGAUGGGCGGCGAGGAGUUUGCCAGCCUGGCGCAGCAGUACGGGUCGUUUGACACGCCGCCGCCUUCCCCCGUGGAGAUGAGAGACCGCCAGCUGGCACGGUUCCGAGAGGCCAUGAUGGCGGGGGAGAAAGAGCGGGCGGCACGCGUGCUGCUGGCUGAUCCUGUCGCUGUGGAGUGA